UACGUUGUGUUUGAACGUGGCGGCGCGGUACGAGGAGCAAACCUUCUCAACUACUUCGUUUGCUUGUAAAAAAAAUCAAAGACAUGUGAACAAAACAACAAAUGAUGUUUGCACGCAGUUAUUGAAUGGCAUCCAAUGUCUCGACCUGCAAACUAAGUGGCCUGUUCAGCAUUGGCGAGGACUUUGAUGAUGAGGACCUGCUCGGGACAGACUGGGCUGUCAGCUCGUCGUCUGGACCGGCCCAUGUGGCAGCUGCUGUGUCCUCCUGCUCUCUGCGGGCUUCCUCUGUCGCUCGCAGAGAGCCGGAGAAAAACUGCCCUCAGCGAACUGGAGAGAGAUCUGCAGCCCCGCUUGACAGCACGGCAUCGAGAGGCGGCACGCACACUGCUGCUGCACAAACUGUUCUGGGUCUGAGGCCGCCCUCCUCCUCCUCCUCCUCCUCCUCCGCUCAGACCCUUCCUCCCACGCUGAAUAACUCUCGGCCUAACUUGGCUUCGCAACAGAGUCGUGCCAGCACGGAGGGACUGCCGAAGCCCUGUGUGGCUCAGGAUGAUUUCGAUGAUUGGGAUGUUGACCUGGCAGACCUGGAUGAGUGUGACCAUCAGAUGGGGCAGCCUCCUGCUCCCGUCCCACCUGCUCCUGCGGUCCAUCCUGCAUCCUCCUCCUCCAAAACGCUGCGACCCCCAACCUGUGGUGGGAUUCAAACACAGCCUAAUAGGUCCCUGAGAGACUUCAGCACCGCACGCCAGGCUUCUGGCUCAUUUAGUCAUAACCCACCUCCCCGGACCUCCUCCACUCCUCUUCCGCGAAGUCCAAAUCCCCGCCCGGCUUUCCUGUCAGGCCCUCCACAGAGUCCCAGUGUUUUCCGUGGCCUUGCUGCGUCUUCCCCUGUCCCCAGCCCCAUUUCCAGGACACUAAACAGGCCCCAGAGACCGUGGGCAACUCCAGGACCCUCCCCUCAGGGCCGCGCCCUCUUUGAGACAGUCUCCCCAGCAUCCUCCUCAUCUGUGAGCUCCUCCGCUCUGAGCCCUCAUCCCCUUCACACAACGUUCCUCACAAACCGCCUGGUCCAGUUGGUGUCAGCCUCCAGUAAGCUCCCUAAGAAGAGGCCUCGGUCUGAGCCUCACCGGACCAGGACCAGACGCUUCCCCGGCCCCGCUGGAUUCCUGCCCCAGCAGCCGCAGGGUCAGAACAUGGACGACAUCGUGGUGUCGGUCCCUCAGACUCCUGCUCACGGUGUUGUGGCUCGGUCGCCAAGCCAGGGCUCCAACUCACAGAGUGAAGAAGACGAGUUCAUCGGCGGUGCCUGGGCAGCGAUGAAGGCAGAGAUGGGAUUGGAUGAGAGGAACCCCUCAUGCUUCCUGCACUCUUACAGUGUUGUCAUGGUGCUCCGAAAGGCCGCACUGAAACAGCUGACCAAAAACAAAGUGCCCAACAUGGCCGUGUUCCUGAAGAGCAUCAUCCACACGCACGCCGAUGCCAAGGCCGUGUUCAAAGACCCGACAGGGGAGAUUCAGGGGACGGUGCAUCGGCGUCUCCUAGAGGACCGAGUGGACGAUCUGAAGGUCGGAGCUGUUCUCCUGCUCAAACAAGUGGGUGUGUUUUCCCCGUCCCAUCGUAACCAUUACCUGAACGUGACGCCCAACAACCUGCUGAGGAUCUACGCCCCCGAUGGAGUCAGCCUGUCCUCCACUCAGCUCCCCCCGCUCAUCCUGGAGCCGAUGUCCCACGCUGGUCACCCCUCGGACGUCCUCCAGGGGACUGUGUCUCGGAUGCAGCUGGUGUUUGACGAGGAGGAUGACGAGGGACAAGAGGGGGAGGAAUUCUCAAAGGGAGGCGAGGGCCCGAAAGCCCUAAGAGACACUAGAGCCGGCUCCAGCAGAGGCCCCCAAGACCCUGCGGGGAACCCAGCACCACAGGACUCAGGCUGGGAUGCAGAUGAUGACCUGGAUGAACUGCUGGGAGAGUUACCCGAAGACACUUACAGCCUUUGAUGUUACAUCAGCAAACCCUCUGUACAGACUGUCUCCACUGACUGCGGUUUAUCACAGCUGAUAAACAGUAAAGAUGUUAUCCUUCUUGUUUUCCUCACAUUACCUCUUCAACAUCACAAUCGUCUGGUCCACUGAAGAACCUGUUGGGAAAAUGUGUCCUCAACUGUGUCCGAUAUCCGGUUCAUAAACAGCGCAGGGAACGGUGUCUAGUUCAUUUGCUGCUACUGUGUCAUUUCUAUGCAUCACUGGUGAUUGAUGUCUUAUAAGAAGCAGACGCUCGAAGCCAACACAUGCUCAUUAAUUAAUUACAAAAGCUUUGAAAGCCAUCUCUGUUUGAUUUCACCUUCACAAAGACUAUAAUUAGCUUCUGCUAUUGUCUGUGUUUUGUUUAUUAGGGAGGCAGCCUCCCCCCCCCCUUUACUUUCGUUGUUAUCCGUUGUUGCACUUUACUUCAACAACCUUGAAAUAAACACCUCAUCUACACAGCAUUGAUUUUGCUAAUCAUGCAAAAUGAAAGCGAGGUGAGGCUUCUCUGUUAGUUUUUGUCCUUGCCCUCCAUUUUCUGUGAUGUCUGUUUGUCCGAGCCUCAGAGUGGAGUAGAUACACUGCGACCCAGCUUGAUUGUUAUGCAUUAUGAGGUGUCUCUGAGUUUGUUUUUUUUUGGGGGGGGGGAGGGAUUGCAGGGAGGUAGUCAGUCUCAGACUCCCAUGUUGUUUGCUUGACCAAAAGGAAAAAAAGUGUUUACCCAGCCGCUUGUCUGCAGAGAGCCAGACCAUCAGGGUGGAGUGGUACUGUGACUAACAGGCUCUUUAUUGAGGCUUUCCCAAAGCACCCAGAACCCCCACUUACCCACGCCUCACUGUAAAAUAUUCAGGUUAAUCCUCUGCCUCUUUUUCAUUUGGUGUUAAAUGCAGCUUCCUAAAUUGCCUGGUUUACGUUCGAAUGAGAAGGAAUGGGAAUGAUGAAAUUGGGUGCACUGUCAGUCCCAGAUGCUCUUUGCUCAGAGGUGUUUGGCUGAAAUAAGUACAGUUUGCAGUACAGUCUCUAAGUAUUUUGACAGGUGACAAAACAGUUAUUUUUGGCUGCACUUUAAUUAUAACUUUAAUUAUAGCCUUCUGUACAAUGACUUUGUGGUUAAAGGGCUGACUUUCAGCUUAAGUGUUUACAUCCAUACGGGCUGAACAGUGUUGGAAUCACAGCCUUUGUCAUAGUCCCAUUUCUUCAACAACUGGGUAAUUUAUGCAAGGGUCGUUGUAACUAGUCCAUCGCCAUUUAUUCAAUAUGGGUUUGUACACCCUUACCGGGACUGUAUGUCUCAUUCCCCUAGGAGUGCUAUCUAGCCUUCCAGACAGAUUUGGUUUCACUUGUUCAGGUUUUCAGUCUCUUCACUUCUUUUGUGGUGCUCAAAGCUCUGGGAAAAUUACAUCAAAAACAACUCGGCAGCAGCAACAUGCCUUUCCAAAAAACGGGAUCCAGGUUACUGUGGAUAAACCACGCCUCUCACUGUGAACAGUUUUCAGUGAAGCUACUUUAAACUGCAGAUAAAUGAAAACAGUGGACAGUGUGUUGAGUGGAUUAUCCAGAGUAAGGAAGUGUUUAUAGAAUGAUCAUUGUUUUAAAUGUAAUUUACUAUAUUGUUUCAAGCAGAACAAACCUGCAUUGUAUUGGAUAAAAUAUCUGCAUCUAGGUUUGUAUGUUUUUGUCAUUUAGGUGGACCAAUUUGUUUUUCUGUGAGCAGAGCCGAAAUGGUUAAUGCAGUAUUGAUGUUAACGCCAUCAAAUGUACACUGACAAUCAGUCCAGUAACCUCACAUCCACUGAUUGAUUUCUGCUCCGAGUUCAUCUGUAGUGAGAAAAAAACCAAAUGAAAUAACAUUUAAUAAAAAAAACGUCUUCUUCCCUGGUAUCUCUAAACAUCUCACAACAGUGUUGGGAACCACUGCAUUAGAUAAUUAAAGGGAUGAAAAAAUAUGUUACACAAAAUUAUGUUCUUUUUCCUAAAAUGAGAAGCUGAUCCUGUCUCCCCUUAGGCCUCUUAAGAUUCUUCAAAUGAAACAAUGCCAGACAGAGAAAGGACAUUUUAAUUAAACUGCUCUCACUCAGGCCAUUAG